AUGGGCGACGAAGAAAUCGGAAAAGCCACAAUGUUGCAAUCGAGCACUAAUGCUUACGCUCAAGCGCAGGCUCGCCGGAAGGGCAUCGGAGUGAAGGUGUGGCUUGUCGUGUCGGAGACUGGGCAGUCGCACCUCGAGGAGGUUGACAAGCAUUCCAUCAUGAGGCGCACUGGCUUACCGGCGCGUGAUCUUCGUGCUCUCGAUCCAAUAUUGUCGUACCCGUCCUCCAUUCUGGGACGCGAGAGAGCCAUCGUCAUCAAUUUGGAGCACAUUAAAGCUGUGAUUACGGCCAAGGAGGUCCUUUUGAUCAAUUGCUCUAAUGCAUUGUUUGCUCAAUUUGUUCAAGAUCUUCAGGCUCGCGUUUCUACUUACAGUGGAGCGCCUCUUCAAAUGAGUAAAGAAAAGGAUCCUGAGUUCGCAACCAAUCACCAGCUUCCUUCCUUGCGCAGUCGUCAUCAUUCGAAUUCAACCAAAGAAACGUCUGAGAACAUUAACAGUAAAGAGGAUAGUCAUAAGAGUUCAGAUGACGAGCCAGUGACUGCAGCUCCUAAGCAGCUGCCUUUCGAAUUUAGGGCACUUGAAGCUUGCCUUGAAUCUGCAUGCAGGUGCCUUGAAUCUGAGACUCACACAUUGGAAGAAGAGGCUUACCCAGCUCUAGAUGAAUUGACUUCUCAAAUUAGCACACUCAAUCUUGAACGCGUGAGACAGAUCAAGAGUCGUCUGGUAACACUUUCUGGUCGUGUGCAGAAGGUACGAGACGAACUGGAGCAUUUGUUAGACGAUGACAAUGACAUGGCUGAAAUGUACCUGACGCGUAAACUUGCUUCUCGCUCCCCAGAUCAAUCAUCGCCAAGAGAAGUUUCUCCUGUUGAAGAAGAUGAUCACAGAGCUGAAGAUUCCAAUUCAGAGCACACUAACAUUUCUACUACUGUUAAGCCCGACGUUGAGGAAUUGGAGAUGCUCAUAGAAGCAUACUUUGCUCAGAUAGACGGCAUAUUGCAAAAACUGUCCGAUAUGAGUGAAUACGUGGACGACACAGAGGACUGCAUCAACAUAAUGUUGGACGAUAAGCAGAAUCAGCUGUUGCAGGUAGGAGUAAUGCUUAAUACAGCAAACUUGAUACUAAAUGCCGGUAUCGUGGUGGUGGGUUUGUUUGGGAUGAAUAUUCGUAUCAGCUUGUAUGAUGGAACAAACAGACAAUUCUGGGAAACAGCGUUGGGAACACUAGGAGGCUGUGUUGGAUUAUACUUUAUCGCUGUUGGAUGGGGUAAGAAAAGAUAUUUGUUGCCUUCCUAG